ACGACGAGACUCUUACGCUUAUUCAAGACGGAAGUUAGCUUUAUGUGCAAUCUGCAUUCAGCUGGAAACUUUUGAUAUAACAGAAAUAUUUUAGUUGAUGAAGCAACAACUGGAGUUUCAAGGAGAGAGUAACUGCUGCUGCCGAAGAAGAAACGAUCGUCCGGUAUGAGGAGGAGACCAACCGUGAGCGCAGGCUGCUGGAUAUCAGACCCGAGAUAAAGUCGCACAGAACAGACCUCCCACAGCACUAUGAAGUGUAAGGAAGAAGAGGGUCUCGAUGAUCAGCAGGUCUGUAACCAGGAGUGGAACUCCAGUCUGGACCAGGAGGAUCCAGAGCAUCCACAGAUUAAAGAGGAACUGGAUGAACUCUGCAUCAGUCAGGAAGGAGAGCAUCUUCUACUGAAGCAGGAGACUGAAGGCAUCAUUGUCUGGACCGGGGAAGAGAGGCGCAAACUGCUGGAUACCAUCUGGAAACCUGAAAUAAAGUUACACAGAACAGACCUCCCACAACAGCAUGUCUGUAAGAAAGAGGGAGGUCUGGAUGACCAGCAGGUCUAUAACCAGGAGAGGAACUCCAGUCUGGACCCGGAGGACCCAGAGCUUCCACAGAUUAAACAGGAACCAGAGGAACUCUGCACAAGUCAGGAAAGAGAGCCGCUUGUACAAAAGCAGGAGGCUGAUACCUUUAUGGUGCCUCCUACAAACAGUGACCAGCUCCUUUCUUACAACUCACCUGAACCAGAGAGUUGCGAUCAGGACGAAUGUGAGCAUGUGGACUCAGGAUCAACUAUUAAUGCAGAGCCAAAGACGAGGAGACCUCACAGAAAUGGAACUCACCGUAACAAAGUAGAAAACUCUCCUGUGUCAGAGAGUCAGCAUAAAAUUGGUAAAAAGUCUGUAAAAUGUGACACUUGUGGAAAAACCUUUCAGUUUAAAUCCAGACUGACUAAACAUCUGAGAGCUCACACAGGUGAGAAGCCUUAUUUGUGCAGCACCUGUGGGAAAGGCUUCAGUUACAAAUCACAUUUGAAACGUCAUCAAAGAAUUCACACAGGUGAGAAGCCUCAUUCUUGUAGCACCUGCGGGAAAAGUUUCAUUCAGAUGCCACAAUUGAUUACUCACAUGAGAGUCCACACGGGCGAGAAGCCGUAUUCUUGUAGCAGCUGCGGGAAAAGAUUUGGUGACUUAUCGGCAUUCAGAAAACACAAGAAAAUCCACACAGGUGAGAAGCCGCAUUCUUGUAGCACCUGUGGGAAGAGAUUCAUUCAGAUGAUGCAUGUGAGAAGGCACAUGAGAAUUCAUAUUGAUUAAACUGAGCUCACACUUGUAAGAAGCCAAAUCUCUGCUGCACUUAAGUGAAAGGAUGACCUCAUUUUCAGGUCAUUGUGGUCUGUUUUAUCUCUAAAGCAGUAAAAAAAAACAGUGGGAGAGAAAAAUUAGCACAAAAAAUAGCUCCACCUUGAGACAGCUACUCAAAGUCUGAAAACCCAGUUAACACUGGUUACUGUUUUACUUCUCAUAAAACAUUAACUACAUUUACUAAUCUGUAUUCACAUUUUCAUAACAGAUUCACGCUCAUCAUCCCUACAGUUUGCUUUCUAACUCACUGAAUUUCAGUGGAUACGGUCUCUGUGUCCUUAUUGAAAACAGUAUUUAUGUGAACUGCUAUUUUUAUUGUUUCGGUGUCUAGAACAGUGGUUCCCAAAGUGUGGGCCAUGCCCCCCCUACGACAGACUGGUGACCUGUCCAGGUUGUACUGAGGCACCCUGGACAGACCUCACUUUGAGCAUCUAGAAGUGACAAACAUCAAUCAUAUAAACUCGGUUUAUCAAACAGCUUUGUUACAGAAAAACAAACGUGAAAACAAAUAUUUUUGUCACAUGCUGCUCUUUAUAGCCAAGUUUUGAUUCCUUUGGUGUUCAGUAUUACACAGGGAUAAAAGAUGGAAAACAGAUUAGACCAAAAAUAUUGUAUCAAUAUGGAUAUCAGGUUACCCAUGAUGUGAUUUGUUUUCAUAAAACUUCAGGAUGUGCUGAAGGGUUAUG